AUGUCUACUGUGUCAAAGGUCAACCAAGUAGUCAUUCUGGGGUUUGACAACAGCAUUACGGAUGGACGUGCCGUUACUCUCGCCAACAUCAAAGGCAUCGGUGUUAUGGUUCUCGUUGUCAUCACCAUCCAGAUUGACAGCGACUUGCUCUUGAGGGACCGCAUGGCGAUGCUAGUGGACUGA